UGCGCACAUACACACAAAAAUGCACACGCGCUGCUUGCAGAUCACGUGAUUUAAGGGAAUUUGGUGGGUUGAAAUGAAAGCGAAAGCAAAGUCGAACACCUGAGAACUCGACACUACUGGCCGCGCACGCAGACAUGCGCGGCUCUCAAUGUAAGCGAAUGCAGGCGAGUGUCUCCGGCAGGUCUUAAGCUGAUUUGUCACCGCAAAAAAAAAAAAAAAAAAAAAAAAAAAACACUAUAGUGAACAUAGCAUCAGGUGGCGACUCCGCCUUCCUCACAAAACCGAAAGUAAGGAGACUGUUCGUAUCAAUCCGAGGUACGACCAUCUGGAGAGAACACGCUGAGAGCCUCUCACUGCUGUUUGGACUGAAACGCGCUCUGGCUGCGACUGCAACUCCUCGGUUUUCAGCUCUAGUCCUUCAAAGAUAGAUGAGAGAGGACAUCCAGGCUCAUCUCCCCUGCCUGCACGCCAUGAUUCCCGUACCGAGUUUUGCUGAAAAUUUGAGCAUCAUGGCGCCUCAGAGAGGACCAAGGAGCAGAUGAUCGACCAGGAGGCAAACAGUGAUGGAGGAUCUGACGGUGAAAAGAGGAGGAAGUGGUGCCACAGGUUAUCAAGGAGAAGAUUCCUCUAUGUAGGAUGGUCAGAGACAGUCUCGAUAGAACAGUCGCAUUGAGCCAAACGCAGAGCUGCACAACGGAGACACAGGAGGCUGCAGGGUCUGAACGAGCACAGAGCCCAGAGCAAGUUGAUCCGGAAAGCACAGAGCCAACUGAGAGACAGCUGGAUUUACAGUUUUGGAGCAAACUCAAGCGUGAGAAGGGAUCUGAAUCCUGGGGACAGGCUGGGAAUGGAGCCAACGCUGACAACUUCCCAACACACCUCCGUCCAUUCAGUAGCCAAGCGGAGUAUGAGCUAGUGAAGCACACGUACCAGCAGCUCCAACACAGCGGCUUCUACUGGGGGCCGAUGGCCAUGGAGGAGGCACAUGACAUACUCUCACGUGCACCGCUGGGAACCUUCCUCAUCAGGGACAGCGGGCAGACAGAUGUUUUCUUCACUCUGAGUUACCAAAGCGAAGACGGCCCCACGAGCGUUCGCAUCCAGCUCAACAACCUGCACUUCAGUCUGUAUGGAAGCAACAGAACUUUUGAGUCGCUCUUUGCUCUGCUCACUUACUACACCAGCUCAGCCUGCAAACUGACAGUGCCCUAUCGCAGGCAGCGCCCGGAGCGGCUGAAGCAGAUGUGCCGGAGGGCUUUUGUGCGCGCCUACGGAGCAGAGAAUAUAAGCACCGUACCUGAACACAGCCCUCAAAUUAGAGUCUACAUUAAUGCGUACCCGUACUGUAUAUAGCGUAUCAAGAUGCUGCGGCAUGUCAUUUUGGGUUAUUAUAAGUUAAAAAAAUGUUAAUGUAUUUGUGUUUUAUAAAUAACACACAUCUUUUUUUUUUGUAUUAUAAACACAACACCUAUGGCUUGUUAGUAUUUAAUUUGCAACAUGUUCAACAUCAUUUGCACAGAUUUUCAAAAAUGUCUCGCAGAUAAAAAUCUGCAUCUAUAUUUUUAUAUGAGGAGGAUAUUUUCUACCAGUCCCGUAUGAACCACUCUUCUGACUUGUGUGAGCGUGACGGUCAGUGAGAUCUAUCAAAAAUGUAAAAAACCUGCUACAUGUUAAAACUGCAUUACCUCAUGUCUUGCCAUGGGGGAGGCCAGAUGAACAUUAGAUGUUAAAACAGCAACGCUGAAAAAACGGUUGUGGUAGCUCUGAAGUGAUGUUCUCUACAUCUUCUAGUGUCUCUGUUCUCACUCUGUUUUGUACGGACUUCAAAAGUGACCAUAAGUGCAAUUAUGUUUUCAGUCUGGGAGUUAAUUAUCUGUUUAACUCAUGAUAAAAAUCUUGUUAUAAUUGGCUUAACUGUCUAGUAAUGUUGGGGGAGAAAAAACAAAAAAAAAACAUCCUUUUUGCAGAAAAAUGGGGCGGAUAGCCAAUGUUUAUUGUAAAACAAAAGCAACAGGAACUUGACAUGAGUUAUAGAUAAAUGACACAUUACAUGUUAUAUAUGUAUAUAGCUGAUCUGUCCAUCCCUCAUGCAGUAUUUUGUUAACGAUGAUACCAGGAUUGCUCAUGUAUAUGCCUUUCUGAAUACGAGAAAUGUGAGGGAGAUCACUUAGGUUAAAUGAAGGUAUCAAAGCGCUGUCGUACUGGCAGGUAUUUGGCCUGUUAAUAUGAUAAAUUGAAAGGGCAGUCGAGUUAGGGAUUAUUAUAUGAUUUAUGAUUAUGGGUGAUUUUUAUUAAAAGUAGUUAUUUGAUUCAAACACUUGAAAUCCAUUUACAUGUGUAAUCAGUCUGUUCAGUCCUGUGGUACUUCUGCUUCUACUUGAACGUGUGAUGCUUUCUGAUACGUUGUUUUUUCAUGUUCAUCGAAAGUUGAAAGUAUUUUGCUUGCAAAAUAAAAUCCAUGUGAAACUAAUGUUUAAUUACUGACCAGACAAUGUGAGGCCAGCACUUGGACUUUGAGGGAUCCCAGAAGCAGCUAUAAUACCUGUGUGGUUUUAGGGGUUGUUCUGUCCGCUGGCCUCUUUGGUUCAGACUCAGGUCCUGCUCACACCUGGAACCAACAUCUGUCCUGAGUUUUCCCAUCACGAGUAUGAUGUGUGACAGGUGUGAAUACACCCUGGGCGCAUCUAGGAUACAUUUAGGAUCCGAUUUGCUGUAAACACCCAAUGCGUCCGGGGUCACAUACAGGACCAGCUUUGCAUCAUUUAUUGUGAAAAAACAAAAAAAAAAAAAAAAAACACAGACAUAAAUCAUCAGGUGAAAAACAAAAGGGCUGUGAGAAAAGUGUGUUCAUUAGAAAUGAAAGCUCCCUAAAAAGUAUCGUUUCAAACUCAAAACCUUAUUCAACUAAUUAAAAUGAUGAAUAUGGGUUGAUGUAAACUAUUAUUUUCUCAAUAAAGAUCAGUAUUUCCAUUUACCUGAA